AGAAGCAGGGUCGAGAACCUGGCCAAAAGCGUGUACUAGCUGCUAAGAAAGUUAAUGAGCUAACACAAUAUAAAGAAAAGUAACAACUGCAGCCCAAGAAAGCAAAGCAACUUCAGAAGAAGACAGACCUUAUUAAGCUCUUCACCAUGAAGUUAGGAAAACCUAAACGUGGUAUUUCUCGAAGCUCAAGCCAAGGAAAAGCCCAUGAAAACCAGCACAAAAAAACACAGAAUCGCCAGAAAUGGGGAAUGGAUGCUCGAUUUGACUCAACCUUGAGUAGACUAAGAAGAAGCUUGGAUGAUAAACCCUAUAAAUGUAUUGAAUGUGAAAAGAGUUUCACUCAGAGUUCUACUCUUUUUCAACAUCAGAAAAUCCACACGGGAAAGAAAUCCCAUAAAUGUGCUGAUUGUGGGAAAAGUUUUUUUCAGAGUUCAAAUCUUAUCCAGCAUCGGCGGAUCCAUACAGGAGAAAAGCCCUAUAAAUGUGAUGAAUGUGGAGAAAGAUUUAAACAGAGCUCAAAUCUCAUUCAGCACCAGAGAAUUCAUACUGGAGAAAAACCCUACCAGUGUGAUGAGUGUGGCCGAUGUUUCAGCCAGAGUUCCCACCUUAUUCAGCAUCAAAGGACUCACACAGGGGAGAAACCUUACCAGUGCAGUGAAUGUGGCAAAUGCUUCAGUCAGAGUUCUCACCUCAGACAGCACAUGAAGGUGCACAAAGAAGAGAAACUUCCUAAAAGCCGGAGUAAAAAUAUUAGGGCAAAAACUCACUUAGUUUCAUCUUGGAAAGCUGGCACUAGAAGGAAGUCAGUGGCUCGUCUUCGCUAAAAUAUAAGGCACUUACUCAGUCCUCUUUUAAGAAAAGGCUAGUACUUUCAGAAUUGGAGAUGUUUGUAAUAGAGCACUUAUAUACUGGAUUCCUUGAUCUAAUAGACAUCGGAGGCUUAGUGACUUUGGGCUGAAAAAUAAUACAUGUGUCGAGCUUUUCUCAUUUUUUACGUGAAAUAAAGCACAGAGACAACAUUUUAAAAAUAUAAAUAGUUUCUGUGGAAAGAAUGAUUGAAUAAGAGAGAAAAAAAAAUUUGGAGUUCAGCACUUGAGUUCUUAUGAUGUUGUAUAGUGUACUAAUAGGUUAUAAUAUGAGUUGGAGAUUCAACUUAUUCAAUGUAUUCAUAAUUACCGAUAUUUAAUCAGCAAGGCACAUCACUCUAAGUUAAUGUUCUUUUAUUUCUUUCCUUCUACUAAUGGAGUAGAAUUUCCCUAUUUUCACCAAAUUCUUAGUAAAGUAGAACUAUAGAAGCCCAAACUAGAAAUGAACUAGACCACACAUUUCUCCUAAUUUUAAUACUGUUUCUUAUAAUGAUAUUACUGUUGUCACUUGUUUUCCCCUGUGUGAUGGAUUUCUAAUACUGUUUCUUAUAAUGAUAUUACUGUUGUCACUUGUUUUCCCGUGUGAUGGAUUUCUAAUACUGUUUCUUGUAAUGGUAUCAUUGUUGUUGCUUGUUUUCCACAGGGAAAGUGACAGGUAUCCCUACAUCUUUGGACUUGGAAUUCUUUUGGACUCUGACAAACAGAGCCAACUUUUUAAAUUUACGUAGAUUAAUAAUACUAUAUUUUAUCCACACAAUCACAAAUUAUUACUAACUAAAAAUCUACAAUUUACAUGUCCCUCUGGCUUCCCCUUUAAGAACCUUGGUAACCGAGCUUAUCUUAAGCAAAUAUUUGUUGACAGUAAAAGUCAAUUAAUCUAAAUACCAGUGCAUUGCAGCUUUGAAGUGUAAGUUAACUUUUUUGCACUCCAUUAAUAGUUCAAGAAGUCUAACCUGUAAACUUCUAUCAGAACAGGGCAAGGUGUCAGACAUUUUAAUCAUUGUUCAGCUCAGGUUUUCAUUUUUAUUCGGUACUAAAAUUUCUGAUUUGGGGGGGGUAUCUUUUAUAAUCACUUCAGUCCCUGCUAUAUUAAUGCCAGUUAUUCUUAAAAAUAAAAAAUAGAUUAUUUUGCAUAAUA